AUGGCUACAUCUGAAAAAUUUAGUCAAAGCAAGAAAAAAGAAUCUGAAAUGGAUCUCUCUUUAGCAGAAACAUCCUGUGUUUCUGUUCGGGAUAAACUAGUUGAUUCUGUAAUCUCAAUUUCUUCUGUCACUCCACUACAUGAUAAAACAGCAGCUUGCGAUUCUGCCUUGAGAUCUGUAAUAGAAGAAAAUGCUUUUCAGGCUUUGAGUGAUGAACCCUGGGCAAAAAGACCACGUCUUAAUCUCUCUGAGGAUAGCUCCGCCAAAGCCAAUGAUUUUUCAUUCCUCACCUUUCCGAAGAAACUCUGGAAAAUUGUUGAAAGUGAUCAGUUCAAGUCAAUUUGGUGGGAUGAUGAUGGGAACUGCGUAGUGAUUGAUGAAGAGUUCUUCAAAAAGGAGGUGCUAGAAAGGAGAGGACCUCUGAGAAUUUUUGAAACUGACUGCAUGAAAAGUUUCAUUCGUCAGCUUAACCUUUACGGAUUUAGCAAAAUGCGACAGGAUUUUCAAAGAUCUGCCUCACUUGCUGAAUUUCUAGCAGAAGAAAAAGCAGCUUCUGCUUUUAGCAAGUUACAGUUCUAUUAUAACCCAAAUUUUAAGAGAGGUUAUCCCCACCUGCUAAUAAGGUGUAAGCGAAGAGUUGGCAUAAAAAAUAAACCGCCAGUUGCAUUGUCACUGAAUCAAGAUUUUAAUGAAAGCCGCCUGAGAAGCAAGGGAAGAAGCCCUGAUGUUCAGUCUGCAUUAGGACCUACUUCUGCAGAGGAGAACAAUUUGUUCACAGCAGCUCCAAAGGAGAAUACACAGAUAUCUGCACCAAGGAGCUCCACAAUUACCAAGGGACUUGCUAAAGCAACUACUCGAAUCAAAAGGGGUUAUACAUCCCCCCACACAACCUCACUGAGCCUGUCAGACCCUGCUGUAGCAGAAGACAGGGAUGAAUUAAAUCAGCUGGCCGCAUUCCAUUUACCACAGCACAGCAGCCACGCUCAAGUCGGCAUACAGGAUACUGAUACCACUACAACUACAUCUUCUACUUCACUAUAUCAUGUUAUACCUCCUGUACCAAACAGUCCUUUUAGACCUGUUAUGGGACUUCCUGCCUUUCCAUCCAUGUAUCCAGAUUUAUCAGCUAUGCAAGCUCACUGGGCUAGUCUGCUUCCCUUUUGCAACCCAUGGUUUUCAAUGCCUAUGAUUGCAGCAGCCUCUGCUAUUUCUAUGUCAAGAUCAUCUCACCACCAAAGUCCAACAUACCAUCAUUGCCCUAACUGCAACUGUACUUCAAAUAGUGCACCUGCAGGCAAAGGGGCUGGACCCAAAACUACUGAAUACACAGGAUAUCAUAGAUAAAUAGCUAUUUAAGUUGCAUAUGCCAAGGGAAUAAAUUCUAACAUGCAAUUAAACCAUCUGAAUAAUAAAUAAAUAUUCCCUAAUUGUCUUGUCAUAUUUAUACAAUGGAAUCUUAGGUUGAAUUUAUGUUUCAGCAGUCAAACAGAUCUACAAGCAAUUUAAUGAUUUUUCGUAACAAUCAAGCAUAGAUUCUUAGCAGUAGAGAGUAAGACUAGGGUAAGCGAUAGAGUUCUACAGAGCAUGUGCCAGGGUAUAAAGAGCUUGGAAGUACUGCAACUCUUGCAGUAUAGCAGUGUCAUAGAGCCAAGGCUCUACUGUGGAGGGGAGGGGAGAAUCCAUUAUUCUGUUAUUGAAGGAAUAACCUCUGAUAAACGCAUUUACUAAGGCUUAGUUUAGAGACUAACGUUUAACUGAAGUAUUUAUACCAGAUGCUACUUCAUGAUCCUCCUCCUCUUCACAGUACAGUGGAUUUUUUUUUUUUUUUUUUUUUUUUUUUGUGUGUGUGUGAUAGCAGACUUGUAACACAUGCUGUGGAGGAUCACUUUACAAUGAUUUAUGUUAACUAUCAUAAGAAAUAAGAUUACAAGUUCAUAAGUUCAUGGUAAACAUGCAGUGCUACACAGUCCAAUCUGAUCACAGAAAGAUGUCCUAAAUCAGGUCCUAAGAUAAUAGAACUAUAAAAUCAAGAGAUCAAAACCAAAAGAGAUUGGUGUCAUUCAUUUUCAUUGAUCAGAAGGUGUAUGCUUGUUAAAAGAAAAAAAAGAAAUGGAAAAGGAUUUGGAAAUUACCAUAUUGUAUCAAAUACCUUGAAAAAGACACUACUGUGCUAGCAUCUUUGAAAUAAAAUUUCAAGUGUUAAAACUA